GCGAAGCUGGACCACCACCACUUGGACACGAGGCCCGUGCCGCCUGGCAGAGCAGCAAGAGAGCCGUCGGCGUCAGUCCUCUCGCCUGCAGCCAGUGUGGCAGGCCAGACGCAUCUGGUCCCCGACACGCCAUCGUCGCACUCGCACAUAUCCUUCGCCUGCCUGCCUACUUCACCGCCCGGCUGCGUCCCGCGUCCUUCGAGUUCCGGCGUUGCCAUCACCGGCAAUAAUGGAGUUUCCCGGUGCUGCCGUGGCCGCGCGUCGUCUGGCGCCGCUGGUGCUCGCCGUCCUACUCCUUCUCGCGCCCCCUUCCUCCGUCGCGCUCGCCCGAGACAGCCGCACCGCGGCGGCGGCGGCGGCCGGCGGGAGCGGGAGACGGGCGUGCACGUACACGCUGAAGGUGAAGACGAGCUGCGCGUCGCCGCGGCGGACGUCGGACGCCGUCAGCGUCGCGUUCGGCGACGCGUACCGCAACGAGGUCCAAGCGCCGCGGCUGCCCUCCGGUGGCAACGCGCUGGAGCGGUGCGCCACGGACACGUUCCGCGUCGCGGGGCCCUGCGGGUACGGCGUCUGCUACCUCAACCUCCGCCGCGACGGCCGCGACGGCUGGGCGCCCGAGUGGGUGCAGGUCCUCGAGCCGGGCCCCGGCGCCGCCAAGGCCACCUUCUACUUCGGCGACCCGCUGCCGGACGGCAUCUGGUACGGCCACGACCGGUGCCCCAAGGCCGCGGCGACCACCGAGGUGCCGCGCGCCAACAACUCCUCUGCCUCGCCACAGGGCUGAUCCGUCCUCUCCUCCCUGCCGGGGAGUGGGAGCGAGGUGCACGCGCAUCUACGACGUCCCUCAAUCCUCCAUGGAUUGGUGCGACGGCGGUGUACUUUUCUUCGGAUCAACAAAUAAAUCUGCUUCCGUUUGCGUUUUUACCCC